UACAUUGUUUUCAUUAUGUUCUUUAUUUUAUGCAUUAAACAAUGCAAUCCCCUCUUCUCCCAGGCAGUAUAAAUACCAGAUGAUGAAAUCUCAAAGUCCACCAGAGCUAAGCCUUAGCACAUACAAGCUUCCUACACCUACACUUUAGCCUGCUCACUUGCCUGCCUGCCUGCCAGUUCUUUUUACUGCAAAAUUAAUUCCUUUUUUUUCAAGCUUCUCCUACACCUUCUUUUGCUAUUUGGCUGCAUUGUUAGUCACUUUUACUUCUUCAAAAGCAGAGAAAGCUUGUCGUAAUGGACAAGGUAAGAGAUCUGGCGUCGAAGAAGGCUGCUGUGAUAUUCACUAAGAGCUCAUGUUGCAUGUGCUAUAGCAUCAAGACACUUUUUUAUGAGCUUGGUGCUAGCCCUGCAAUUCAUGAGCUUGACCACGAUCCUAGUGGGAGAGAUAUGGAAUGGGCUCUACGAGGGCUGGGGUGUGAUCCCUCGGUCCCAGCUGUGUUCAUAGGUGGAAGAUUUGUAGGCUCAGCAAAAGAUGUCAUAUCCCUUCAUGUAGAUGGAUCACUGAAACAAAUGCUUAUAGAUGCAAAGGCCAUCUGGUUCUAGCAAUGAUAAAAUCAACUGACCUACUCAAUUGGCAAAUUAGUAGUACUGUGAAAAUAAAUUUAUAAUACCUUGUUGAAAGAGAAAAUGUUGUAUUAGGGGCUUUGCUUUUUCUUGAGUUCCUUGAGUACAUUGUAUGAAAACAUGACACUUCUUGAGAAUUAUAGCCUAAAUAGUUAAUACUAGUACAUAGUAUCUUGGAUAUUUACGGGUGCCUGCUUCCAUUUC